CGGGAAACGUGGUUGCGCCAGAACCAGGACAGGAAGAGAGGAUCUCCAGGCAGGAAGACACGCAUACAUUCCAGGGUUUCCACAUGUGCUUCCAUUGCCAACCUCCAACUUCAAGUUCGUCGGGCGUUAUUUGAAGGAAGAGAUAUUCAGAGGCGCAGGAGAGGCGACGUUUUGCUUGCAGCCGCCCUAGAUCUCGCAUUCAUCCGCCCUCUUCUUUGCCCCUGCGUCUGAUCUACAUUCGCAGGCGUCCUCCUUUUGCUUGUUCUGGCUCUGCAAUCAACUGAUCUCGACUGACGAGCCAACAUGGGGAACUGUUUGUCCCCCGGGCACACUGGGGCCCGCAAUCGAGGCCUCAAGAAAACGGCAUCAGUUGACUCUGAUGACAUCGAUGUGUUUGGAUCGUCGCUGGGCAAGCGGCCAUCGCCGAUCAAGAAGCCGGUGGCCGCGCCCGUCAUGAUGAAGAAGAGCAGUAGUAAAGAGAACAUCCUUGGUUACCAGACCGUUCCCGUAGAAAGCAAGUAUGAGCUGGGAAGGGAGCUUGGGCGGGGGCAGUUUGGGAUUACCCGGGUGGCAAAGAGCAAGGUUGAUGGGCUGGAGUACGCGGUCAAGUGCUUGCCCAAGAAGUACAUGACAAAGCAGAACGAUAUUGACAGCGUGAACCGCGAGAUCGAGAUCCUGCGGCACCUGACGGGGCACAAGAACAUCGUGCGGUACAUUGAGGCAUUUGAGGACAAGGAGAAUGUGCAUCUUGUGAUGGAGCUGUGUGCAGGCGGCAUGCUGUUCGACCGCAUCACAAAGCGGGGGUACUACAGCGAGUAUGAGGCGGCGGGGAUCAUGCGGACGAUGGUUGAGAUUGUGCAGUAUAUGCAUGAGCGGGGCGUGAUCCACCGAGACCUCAAGCCCGAGAACUUCCUCCUCUCUGACGACAGCGACAAUGCGGAGCUGAAAACCAUUGACUUUGGUCUCUCCAUCUUCUUCAAGCCUGGUCAAGUUUUCAAUGAGCUCGUCGGCAGCGCAUAUUACGUCGCGCCCGAAGUGCUUAAGCACCGAUACGGCCCCGAGUGCGACAUCUGGAGCGCGGGCGUGAUCCUCUACAUCUUGCUCUGUGGCAUGCCCCCCUUCUGGCACUACUCUGAAAAGGGCAUCAUGGAGGCUGUCCUCAAAGGCGAGGUCGAUUUGAUGUCGGAUCCCUGGCCCCAGAUUUCGGAACCCGCGAAAGACCUCGUGAAGAAGAUGCUGACGAUGGACCCCAAGCGGCGGAUAACGGCCAAGGAGAUUCUAGAGCACGAAUGGAUCAAGGUGGACGGGUCCGCCUCCCACCGGCUGACGUGCUGUUCGAUCCAGGUCCGGGUGAAGAACUUCUUGAAGAUGCACCGGCUCAAGCAGAUGGCCAUGCACCAGAUUGCAAUCCAGCUGCCCAAGGAAAUGCAGGAGGCGUCAAAGGAAUGCUUUGCCAAGUUUGAGACCGACCAGGACGACUGCAUAGACUAUGAGCGCUUCUUCGAGGGGCUGCGGAAGGCCCGCGCCGGGAAGGGUUUCCCAGAGCCAACCGAGGAGGAAGUUCGCGCCACGCUGGCUGCGGCUGACAUGGAUGGCGAUGGGCGCAUGGACUACCUCGAGUUCCUUGCGGUUACGAUGCACAAGAACGACAAGACCGAGAAGGAGGAGUGGCUCCGGGGCGCGUUCGCACGCUUUGACAAGGAGCACAAGGGCUACCUGACGAAGGAUGACGUCAAGUUGCACUGUCGACUGUCGGACGAGCAGGUGGCGGAGAUCUUUGAGGAGGUGGACCAAAAUCAGGAUGGAAACAUUGAUUACGAGGAGUUUGUGGACAUGAUGAAGCAAGGCAACGGCGUGGACGAGAUUCUGACCUUCUCAGAUAAGGAGGCGGUGGCCCCUAUUCGGUCGCUUCUGGGGCUAAGUCCCAGUGUAAUCCCCCGGUCGUCCAUGGAGAUACCCCGGCCAAUCGAGGUGGCAGCAUAGGCGGAGCGUCACUGGCGUGUCAAGGUCUGUGUAGAUAUUCCAGUGUGGGUGCAAGAUUUGCGAAGGUUGUGUACUAUGUCUUCGUUGAGAUGCGCCUCGCCUAAUAAGAGGUGCUAGCAGCGGCAAACUUACGAGAUGUGUACAACUUGGGAUGGUCUGAAGCAGCGGUGUGCUUGCAUUUCGGUCCUAGCCGUUUUUGGAGAGAAGAUUUGGCACAAGCCACAAAGACGAGCGGCCACAAGGUAGCAGCAGAACCUAUUCUGUUUUGCCAUAGAAGCAUUUGGCAAAGUAUUAUAUUUGUUCCGUCCCUUAAGGACCUGGCACAAAUCAGUCGUGUCGGAGGGUAAUCCUGACAUUUACUUUAGCAUCUCAAAAGUACUUUUUGAAGCCUUUAUGGAACCUCAACAAAAGCAAGCCAGGUGAUGCGUUCCUGUCUGGGAGUUUUGGCAACAUCAGAUGGUAGCCAAUGUUGAGUCCCUUCAAGGGCAACGACUUCUUCUUCGAUUCAAAUCAACUUCCGUUCAUUUUCUUGUAUAAAUUUAGCAUGGA